AGAUAACAUAAGAAAAUAUAAGUGGAAGAGGAUCCAAUUGAUUCCGAUUCUACAACAAAAAUUUGGACAACAAAGUUAGCCGUUGGCACAACAAAUGACCAAAUGCUUCACACAAAAUUACAGGAACGCCACCGGUCGGUAGCUACUUAGCUUUCGCCCGCCUCCAACCACCGCCGUCGACUUCCCGCGAGCCUGACCAAUUCGGUACUCCACCGUGCGAAAGAAGCCGACAAAGAGAGAUCUCGAGUUGGAAUUGGAGUUUCUUGGAUCGGCGGAGUGAGCUCGGAGAGUACGAGGCGACAUACGGCAAGGAAAACCCGGUCGAUUUCCGGUUUCAAUCCCGUUUCCCGCCUGUGAGAUUUGCGAUUUUGCGGAGAUCUGGUUUCUUGAUCCAAAUUUGUACCUUGGUUCGACCAAGAUCGAGUUCGAAGCUGUUCGAUGCGGGAAAUAAUCGUUCCUUUUCGCCCUUUUUUCUUGUUCUUUAUCCUGGGGGUUGGUCUGAGACCAAGAACUUGCGGUUUGGUUGCCGUUUUGCCGAUGUUGGAUUGGAAUGUGAGAUGCCUCGGUUCCGGAGCUUCGUCUUGAUCUGCUGCUGAAGGGCGAGACGGUUCUUUGAUUGAUUCUCUGGUGCAGUAGAUGGUGAGUGGUAGGUUUAGUAGGAGGCUGCCGGCUCGAUUAACCCCUAGGAUUGUGAGCAGCCCUAGGGUUUCCGCUCGCCGGAAAUUGUGGGUGGCGCCCAGACCUCCUUCCUUGGGCGAUCUGGCCGCGGCCUUCUGUCUGGCCUCUCUCGUGCUCGUUGUUGGAUGUCUCAUGUAUGUCAACGUUAAAGGAUACCUGGGCAGUGGUAGUUUGGUUGCUGGGUUGACCGGCGACGCUGAUGUUUGUGAUAUCUUUGAUGGUCGCUGGGUGCCGGAUAGCUCAUACCCGCUGUACAACAGCUCGGAGUGUCCAUUUGCUGAAAGAGGUUUCAAUUGCUUGGCAAACGGGAGGAAGGACAUGGACUAUCUUAAGUGGAGGUGGAAACCAUGGCGAUGCGAUGUGCCUAAAUUUAAUGUGCAGGAUGUCUUGGAAAGGCUCAGAGGGAAAAGGGUCGUCUUUGUAGGUGAUUCGAUGAGUCGCACGCAGUGGGAGUCUCUAAUAUGCAUGCUCAUGACCGGAGUGCAGGAUCCCAACACCGUUUAUGAAGUCGAUGGAAAACACAUCUCAAAGACAAUCCGCUUCUUAGGCGUUCGGUUCCAGACAUUCAAUUUGAGCAUAGAGUUCUUCCGCUCGGUUUUUCUUGUACAGCAAAGCUUGCCGCCGAGACAUGGGCCAAAACGGGUUCGAACGACACUGAAGCUGGACAAGAUGGAUGACAUGAGCAGGAAGUGGGUUGAUUCAGAUGUACUUAUCUUCAAUUCUGGUCACUGGUGGACUCCGAGCAAACUCUUUGACAUGGGUUGCUAUUUCCAGGUUGGAGGAGCUCUGAAGCUUGGAAUGUCUGUCGAUUCUGCAUUUACAAUUGCCUUAAACACCUGGGCUUCUUGGGUUGAGACGAUGGUCGACACAAAUAGAACUCAUGUCUUCUUCCGGACCUUUGAGCCUUCCCACUGGAGUGACUCAAACCAAAAGGUCUGUAACUUGACGCAGCACCCUUUGGCUGAGGCCAAAGCGAAUGACCGGACGGAGUUUUCAGAAAUCAUAGUUGAGGUAGUGGAAAGGAUGAGAGUUCCUGUCACUGUCCUUAAUGUAACUCCGAUGGGUGCAUAUAGAAGUGAUGCUCAUGUUGGCACUUGGAGCCACCCUUCUACCAUUACUGAUUGCAGCCAUUGGUGUCUCCCUGGCGUCCCAGAUGCUUGGAACGAACUCGUGGUCUCCUAUCUUCUGGUGAAGGGCUGGAGAAAGUUGUGAAUUGAUGUUCGGGAUUGUGGUCUUUUCUAUUUUCCUUGGUAUAAUUUGUUAUUCUUUUAGGGUUCAACAUGGCAAGUGCACAAGAAGUGCAAGGUUGUCUGUGAGAUGAAGCAGAUUGCCAGGGGCAGCGGCUUCCAUCCUUUUUUUUUUUUUUACUGUUUAGUUGUUACCAUUUUUCCUUGACAAGUUCAUGCAGUUGCCUCUCGCCUGUAUGUCUCAAAGUAAUAAGUAAAUGAUAAUAUUGAAACACGUAUGCAAUGACAAUCAUUCUUUUCUGAUGAGAUAAUCAGUAUUGAUUUUGUAAGUAAUUCCUAUGAGAAGCCUUACCAAUAAGUAAUAACAACAUGCUUCAGUGUCUCCCACAAGACUAUUCUAUUUCCUUGUAUCAUUUCUGCAUAUUUUUUCUAUGAUUUUUUACCUACAUCAUCUGUUUUGUACUAGAUGAAAUAUCGCAAUCAUCUGUAUCUCAUACUUGCUACCAACAUCAAUAUUAGAGAACCCAAUACUGCUUGUCUUCACAUUUGAUCUAUACAUAAACAUAUCUCAUCAGAUGACAUUCCUAUAUUCUUGAUUCUAUUUGCUUGUUUCUCAAUUGAACUAGCAGCUCCAAGAAAGAUACACCCUGUCAAUGAGCUCGGCACAGGUAUAUCUGAUUUAAAGGCUCUCCCCGGUAGAUUCGCGGUGUACAGGUUUUCUUUGUUAGGACAUCUAUAAAUUUGCAGAAGCCUCCUAGUAUUUGCAUGAUAAUUUCUCUUUACUUAAUGAUACUGCUGAUUGUUGGAAGCCUUUUUUGAUUGGUUACCUCGGUAUGGUAAACUAAAAUUUCUUUUUAUUGUAGAUUUGGCAUUCUUUUUCAAAGGAGUAAACUGUUUCUUGGUUGAUUUCUUAGAGUUAGUUUGCCUUUAUGUAAUUUGAGGAAAGAGAAUGGUUUUAAUAGCUAGAUAAGACACAAAAAGUACCCUGGAAAUUUCCUUGUUUUCUGUCAUAUGAUUGUAAGCAUAGAACAGGACAUGGAUAAGAGGCUGAAGUGCUGCUGCUGUAUUCCUUGGUGCCUUUCUGCAACUCCUCCAGCUGUGUGAUGCAGACUGGUGGUCCAAGUUCAGUGUGGGCUCAUAGUGUGUGAUCCCUACCAUAUGAUAAUUCGGCUCAUCACUGCACAUUGAUUCCCAUGAAGAACACCAGAGUUCCCAGAAGGAAUCAGUCCGCCGGAAAGAAAAGGAAGAGAGGAACAGAAUAUAGAAGGACUGGACCAUUUAACUUGUGUGAACAUGCAAUUAGUUUUCAGACCACAAUGUCGAUUGCAUGGGUUGAGAUGUUUGUGAUGAUUAACAGAGUCAGCAGUUGGCAGCUCUGUGUCUCUUUCACUCCCUGUUCGAGUUUCGAAGCUUGCUGAAUCAUUUGCUGGAAGCUCGAGCCAUGGCGAUGACCAGAUGGUAUUGGCAUGAAGGCUUACUCUGCAAAUUCAUGGUAAAAAAGAAUCGACUACUUAUGACCUUAUUAAAGAACGCAAAGUGUGAUGAUCCGUGUGCAGAUGAUACAUUUUACUGGUGAAAUGAAACAGGUUGGUGGUCAACCACCAUUCUCUCAAGAACACAAAGGUACAAAUCAAUGAAGCAUGGUUGGCAGGCCUAAGUGCUUUACAUUUUGAGUAAGAAGAAGGAGAUGAAACCAAAGAACGAAGGCAAUGCAUGUACUCAUGUUUUGGAUGAAGCCGGCUUGCCCCAGUUCUGCAGCACUUUCUCCCACCGGCAGAAACUCUCGAAGCAGAUAUGCCGCCUCGGGUCGGUCACGUUGCGCUUCCAGUGCUCGUCGGGGAAGUUGGCCGUCUCGGCCUUCCUCCGGUUGUACUCCAGCCCGGCCUUGGUCACCGUCGACAAAACGCACAAGUUCUGCAGGU